UUCUACCUCCUUGUCUCCGUCUACGGAGAGAGGGAGGACAGAGAGGAGACAGGAGACGGAUGGCGAGGAGAGGGGGACGGAUGGCGAGGAGAGGGGGACGGAUGGCGAGGAGAGGGGGACGGAUGGCGAGGAGAGGGGGACGGAUGGCGAGGAGAGGGGGAAGGAUGGCGAGGAGAGGGGGACGGAUGGCGAGGAGAGGGGGACGGAUGGCGGGGAGGAGGGGGACGGAUGGCGGGGAGGGGGGGAAAGGAUGGCGGGGAGGGGGGGAAAGGAUGGCGGGGAGGGGGGGAAGGAUGGCGAGGAGGGGGGGAAAGGAGGGCCGGGAGGGGGGAAAGGACGGCGGGGAGGGGGGGAAAGGAUGGCAGGGAGGGGGGAAAGGACGGCGGGGAGGUGGGGAAAGGACGGCGGGGAGAGGGGGAAAGGACGGCCGGGAGUGGGGGAAAGGAGGGUGGGGAGGGGGGGAAAGGAUGGCGGGGAGGGGGGGAAAGGAUGGCGGGGAGGGGGGGAAAGGUUGGCGAGGAGAGGGGGAAAGGAUGGCAGGGAGAGGGGGAUAGGAUGGCGGGGAGAGGGGGAAAGGACGGUGGGGAGAAGGGGAAAGGAUGGCAGGGAGAGGGGGAAAGGAUGGCGGGGAGAGGGGGAAAGGAUGGCUGGGAGAGGGGGACGGAAGGCGUGAGGCAGAUUCCCAUGUCAGAUUCGCAU